AUGCUGCAUAAGUUAGACCCCAACGAGAUCAAAGUCAUGUACUUGAGGUGCACCAGUGGGGAAGUCAGUGCCACGUCUGCCCUGGCCCCCAAGAUCGGCCCCUUGAAGGUCGGUGGUGACAUCACCAAGGCAACUGGUGAUUGGAAGGGUCUGAGGAUUACAGUGAAACUGACCAUUCAGAACAGACAAGCCCAGACUGAGGUGGUACCUUCUGCUUCUACCCUGAUCAUCAAAGCCCUCAAGGAACCACCAAGGGAGAGAAAGAAGCAAAAAAACAUUAAGCACAGUGGAAACAUCACUUUUGAUGAGAUCGUAAACAUUGCCUGGCAGAUGUGGCAUCGGUCUCUAGCUAGAGAACUUUCUGGAACCAUUAAAGAGAUCCUGGGGACCGCCCAGCCUGUGGGCUGCAAUGUUGAUGGCCGCCACCCUCAUGACAUCAUAGAUGAUAUCAACAGUGGUGCAGUGGAGUGCCCAGCUAGUUAAGAACUGCAAAGGAAAAAGAAAAAUAAAGGAUCAUUUGACAACCAAAAAAAUAAAUAAAUAAAUAAAAUUUUAAAAAUAAAA